AUGACGUCAGACUCAAUAGAACUUGAAGAACUUCAAUUUUAUAAAUUAUUAACAUCUAAUUUUUCUGAUUUAUACACAAAAGCUCAAAGUACAUGUUCCAUUAUUGUGAUACCUCAACAACUAUCGUAUUUAUUUCCAUUGAAACGUGAUAUAUUCGAAUCACAUGUAUACCGUCCUUCACCAAUGUAUGUACGUAAACAUGUUUCAUGGAAUGAUAAAUAUGAAAUUGAGUUUGAUAAUAAUCGUACAAUACGUUUUUUCUAUAAAAAAGAUGGUGUAGGUGAAAAACGUAUUAAAGUUUUGAGUCAAGAAGAUGUGCGAGAUACAAUUCGUAAAACUGCUUAUAGUAUAUUAAUUAUUGAACAACCAUUGAUUGAUAUUACUGGAAUAGAAACUACAUUAAAUGGUUCACCAUCAAGACAAAUAAUCAGACCUAUGAAACAAACGGAACAUCUAUUCACUCAAUCAACAGCUAGUUAUGAAUCAUCAUUUAUGUAUCUUGAUUCAAUACGUCAAAUUGAACCAGCAUUUGCACGUUUACAUAAAGCAUUAUUUUUAUUUACUGAAAAAUAUGUUUUAUUACCAAAAUUUAUUGAAGAUGCUAUUGAUAAACUUCGUCAAUUUCGAUUCGAUUUUCUUCAUGAAUCAUAUCAAUUAUUAAAUAAAAAUUAUGAAGAUCGUAAUCUUGAAUUAGCAAGUGAAAUCUAUAUAACAGGUUAUACAUAUACAAAAUUUUGGCCAACAAUUGUUCAGUAUAAUGAAGAUAAAGAUAAAAUUUUAUUUAAAAAUAUUCAAACAAAAUAUAAAAGACAACGAACAGAAUCAAAUAAUUUUGAAAUGAAUGCAAAUCAAAAUUUUUUUAAUGAAUUAAAAAAAUUAGAUGAUCUUAAAUCUUCCUAUGAAAAAGCUAAAUGUCUUAAUUCAGCCAUUCAUAUAAUGAUAACACAAAAAUCAAUGAUACUUGAUUCAAAAAAAUCAUCGGUUGCUUAUCAUUCACCAUCGAAAUCAACGGCAAUGUCAGCCGAUGAAACUUUACCUGCAUUUAUGGAUCUCAUAUGUCAAUUUAUAUUAACAUCAGAUACAAAUUGUUCUAUUCAUUUAGCUGCACAUGAAUAUUAUAUAGAAAAAUUUCGAUUUAUUUCUCUUCCAUCAGACAUGGAUUAUGAUUUUACAACUUAUCGAGGUGCUAUUGAAUAUCUAACAAAUAGUUCUUCUUCUUUUUCGUUUUUAAAUUCAUAG